GGAAAUUGUUAGAAGAUAUUCAUGAUCUUCUUGUUUGGAUUAUGCGGUUUCGAGCGCGAGUGGCGCUGUUGUGGGCGCUGGCUGUCCUGGCGCUCGUCGUAACUGUGCACCUUGGACGCAAGGAAAGCGGCCGCCGUAACAAGCGCAGUGUUGAUGGUGACGAUGCUGCUAAUGAUGAUGUCACUGCUUUGAUGAUGGAGCAGCUGCCAUCACUGCUGUCACCACAGCGUGCUGUAUCGACAUGCAAGCUGGCCAGGCAGGUCCAGGACGCACGAAAAGGCAAGGGCGCCGGACAUGCCGUGACGCUCACCUUUGUGGGCGACGUGUCCUUUGCGCGCGAUAUUGGCAGGCAGUUGGAUGAGGCUGCAGCUGCAGAGGAUGGUGCCGAUGGCUGCGCCUCCGUGUUUCGGCAUGUGCACCCGCUGUUCCAAGCCAGUGACGUCGUGCUCGCCAACCUGGAAAGUCCAGGUGUGGCAAACGCCACCACGUCCUCCGACCCGCAGCAGCGCAAGCGCAUCUCCCUUGGAGCUCAACUUCAGCACUUGCGAUGCUUGAAGACUGCAGGCAUCACCACCGUGUCAUUGGCCAACAACCACGUGCUCGACUUUGGCGAAGCCUCCUUUCGGGAGACGCUUGCUGCUCUUGAUGAGCUGUCGAUUGGCGUUGUUGGCGCCACCGCGGGUGCGUCUCAUAUUGGCAGCACGGAUCCCCGCAAAGGUCUUGCCGUUCAGACCAUCAAAGGCGUCAAGCUUGGAUUCCUCGCGUUUUGCCAAGUCAAAGCCUGUCGUGCUGCUCGCUCCCAUGCAAACGUUGGACCAAGGCUUCUGACGUCGCUUUCUGAUGUCCUCGAUGCAAUUGAGCAAGCGCGAACCCAGGUGGAUGUGGUCGUUGUGGUUGUGCACUGGGGCCGUGAGUAUUACACGCGCGUGUCGCAACUGCAGCGGCAUCAAGCAGAGGAGAUGACCAAGGCUGGCGCACACAUCAUCGUCGGCCACCACCAACACGUGCUUCAGGACCAUGCCAUUGGAAGCAACAGCGCUGUGCUGUACGGGCUGGGCAACUUUGUGUUUGACAGCCACGUGUGCCGGGAUCCGCACACGUAUGCCAUCAAUUUCACGGCGUCCCCUGCGUGUAUGUCACUGCCGCCGCCACUGCGCCCACUGACACUGACAGACGUGAUGCACUCGCGCAUAUACCGGGUGGAAGUGAACCGAUAUGGAGUGAUUUCAGCGUCGUAUCUUCCUGUGCGCACCGUCCACUUCCCGCAGCGCCAAUCACGGCCGCUCUUCCAACCGCGGCCAGCGCUGCCAAAGGGACAUGCUGCUGGUGGUGGUGGUGGUGGUGAUUGGACGUAUCAGCCCAGCGGCAUUGAGGCUUCGUUUGUGCAUGUGUGCGCCCCGGGUGAUCCCCACUGCUUGCAGUGCCAAUAAUGCUGCUGCCUUGGUGUCGACUUUCCGAUAGAGCAUUGUACGCGGUGGCAAUUCGCCCAGCCACACACCUCUGGUGUUGUCAUUCGCUCUUUGCGUGCUUCUUGUCGCUCGCCUUCAUGACUUUAUCGUAUGUCGUUGGAUUCAAACCGACGCCACCUGAUCGGCAACCCUGUCUGCAUAACUAAUUGCCUGUAACCGAACACUGUGACUUGCACACCAUGCAAGCACUUGCGUCAUACUCGUCAUCGUAACCGACAUUGCCAAGAACAUGGUCAUAACACGACAAGAAAGAAAGGAAGACACACAAGG